AUGAUCGGAAACGUACAAAAAUAUGGAGACCAAGAGGGCAAAGUGCAGUCGACCGUAGGAAUUGCGGGAGAAUUCAGAGGACCUGCGUAUUGUGUAAGUUGUUAAUUUAUGUUUCAUGAAAAAAAUACUAUCAUAAUCUUUUUUUAGGACAAUUGGCCACAGCCUCCUUGCUUCUACCCAUACUCUGUCAAUGGACCGGCUCCGUUUGUAAGUUUAAAGACAUAGUGUAAGUUUUCUUUUUGUUUUUCAGAAUGCUAAUCAACCGCCUUUCGUUUAUCAUUAUUUUGGGAAUAACGCGUUGAUGAGUGGACAGUUCGUGCAGAAUCCGGUAAUUUAGCAAUAACUAUCCUUAACUAUCUUUACAGUGACCUCAGGCCCCACGGUACUCUGCAACAAACUUUCACAUUGAUCUUAAAAUACUCCAAAAAUUACCAGAAAAGUUUGGUCUUGAUUGGACCGCUCUGAAAAAUGUAAAAAUAAUAGGAGUACUGUAUCCACCCGAGAUUCAAACAGUACUUUUGUGAAGCGCUCCGAGAGAAAUGACGAUAUCCCAAGUAUGAGACAGAUUGAUCGAGGGGUCAAAAAGUUAUUCAUGGGAAAUGCUUGUACACACACUUAAAACCUCCACAUAUUCGUUGAGUGAGAAAAAAGAUUUUCAGGAAAUAUUUGUCACCUUUCCUUUUCCGAUCUAUCAAAUGCUCCCCGGUUUUUAUAAUGGGGACAUUUUCUAUGCAGCCAACGGACUUUGUUUCGUAAAAUAUUCCCCGAUUGCUCAACAGUUCGGACAAUCGUCCUCGUCGAUGGGAAUUGGAAGAUAUACACAUGCGACUAACGUUUCGGAGCACGAAUGCAUUCCGGCUGUGAAUGACAAGAACAAUCGAGAACAGGAAGCGGUUGGAUUUGAGGAUGGCGAUAGAAGCGGCGAAACAUCGAACCGGUAAGUAACUUGGAUGUAAAGAUGAUUAAAAACAAGCCUUUAUAGCUUCGAGGUAGCUCCGGACACUUCCGACAGUGAAGCGGAAGAUAAACCAAUCGCCCCAACUCCCGAGCCUGGUCCGUCCGGAAUCGAUUCCAUUGCGAACAAUGCGCACGAACCGCACCGUUCCAAAGUACACACAAUCGAUUGUGGAGACAAGAAUCUAAAGCAGGAGCAGAACAACAAGAAGUUCGCUGAAAUCGAUUUUUUAAGAAGUUUCAAUGUUUUUUUGCAGAGAGAACAAGGAGGGAGUCACCAAUGUGUCACAGGAAGAUCCGAUCCCAGCUUCAGAAGAGAACGCGAGAAAUGAGAUUCCAACAACGUCUGAAAGCGUCGCCAUUGAAAACGGUACAAAUGAGAAUGAGACAAAUGUUGAGGUAAAGACGGGUCCAGCGUCGAAAGUGGACAAGGCCAACACUCAAGGGCAGGAAGCGGAGGGAUCUGAGGAUUUUGAUGGAAACGGCGAGACUCUUUCGGACCGGUGAAUAACGUGCAUAAUAAAAAUGGUUGAAAAUGAGUCUUUGCAGCAUCGGAACUGCGCAGGACACUUCCGAUAGUGAGCCGGAAGAUGAAUCAGAGGCAGGUCCGUCUGAGGCAGGUCCGUUCGUUACUGAAAACGGUGUCAUUAAAAACGGUUCGCAAGGAACGGACGAUGAGAUAAAGACAAUUCAAGCGCCGAAAGUGGACAAGGCCACGAAGAAAGCUGAAAAGAAGGCGAAGAAUCAGAAAAAGUGAGAUUUGAAUUCAAUUUUUAAGUUGUACAUUCUUCCAGAAAGCAAAAUCGACAGAUAAGAAAGAAGGCGGAGCAGGAAAAGGAAGAGAGCGAAUAUCAGAUGCUCGAGAACCUCUGCAUCGAAGACAACACAACGGUAUUGGAAGAAGCUCUAGAACGCUACGUACAACGACAAGCAGCACUUCGGAAAGAAACAAAUGUUGAAAGUAGGAGAACACUGAAAGAGUUGUAUUAUAAAUUUACAUUUCAGAUCUGGAAAACAUUUGUGAUGAUUUUGAGAAAUGGUUAUUCGAAAUCAUACAGAUGACCACCGUGAAGGAGAUCAUGGCGAAAAAGAAACGCCUUCGCAACAUCUUCCAGCGCCGAUACGACGCGCUCCGAAGUUCGAAGCUCGUGUCCUCGGAGCUGACAAAGUACUACGGAAUCAUCCUGAAGAAGGAGCUGCCGCUUGUGAUUCUACAAGACAUCCAAGCCCUCCAGUCAAUCCCCGAAAAUUCCAAAUGGGAGUUAGGGUACUUCACGUUGGUCUUUGGUCUAAACGAGUCGUUCUUUGUUGAACACGAGAAUACGAUAAUGGAAAAGCCGGCAGAGAACGAAGAAGGAGUGAGGAAGGCUGUAAACGAACUGACCAAACUGUUCGAAUUUUGUUUUUGGGAGUUUUUCCCUAAUCAAGAAAAACUGAUUAAAUCGAUCGUGAACUACAUCAAAGCCAGAAAUGGAGAUGGAGAUACAGAGAAAAAGGACGACGGUAAGAUAUUCAAGAAAAUCGUCAAUAUCAAUCCAAAACGGUUUUUAAGAUCCCGAAUGCGGAAACAUGGCCGCCAAACUUUCCGAAAAAGCUCAAGCUCUGAGGGUUAAAACCGGAGAGCACGAAGGAUGGAAGAAAAAAUUCUUCCGAAAUCGGAUAAUUGCACUGCACGAGUUUUCCAGACGGAAGGAUGAGCAGGAGCGGUCAGAGAAGGAGAAAAGUGCCUGGAAGCACUAUUGCGUGUAUCAGUUGUGCGUACUCCUCCCGUUCGAGGCGUUUUGUGAGGACGCCGUUGUUCUGGAGGAGUGGUCGCAAGGGAAGGACGAGGACUAUUUGCAACAGCUUGAUGCUGCCUAUCUGGAAUGUGUUUUUCAUGUCUGA